AUGGUGGCAAAGAGACUAACAUCUUCCGACCACCGCCGCCGCCGACCAAGCACCCUCCGACCACCGCCGCCGCCGACCAAGCACCCUCCGACCACCGCCGCCGCCGACCAAGCACCCUCCGACCACCGCCGCCGCCGACCAAGCACCCUCCGACCACCGCCGCCGCCGACCAAGUUCGCUCCGACCGCCGCCGCCGAUCAAGCUUCGAUGGCAAACUCUAUACCCAUUAUUUGCUUCUUCAAUGGGAGUCUCGGCGUCGGAUUGAAUAGUAUGCCAAUGUAUGAGGGAGGUUCUAGGAAAAUGUUUAUGAUAUCCAAGUCAUUAAAUUUUGAUGGAAUGAUGAAUGAAAUACACAGAGUUACGAAAAUUAAUAAAGCAUGGUAUGCAAUUAAAGUGUUCUUCAAUUGUCCGAUAAAUGAGAGUAGAACUAUUGCUGUGGCGAUUACCGACGAUGAGGAAUUGAAUGACAUGAAACAAUUAGUGGAGAAGCAAGUGUCAGUUGAGUUGUUCAUUGAGAAGUAUCCGAUUCAAGAAUUUUCCCAAGUUUCACGAUCACAAGGAGAGUUUUCUCGGAUGAUGGACUUAGACAAUGAGUCGAGUGGUUUUAUGACAUCUCCAAGUCAAGAGCCGUGGUGUCAACUACAACAUUUAAGUGGGCAUUCUCUUGGUGGGACGUCAAGUACUAUAUUUAACGACGCAUCGGGCUAUGUUACGGGUGAUCUACCGGCGAGAAUGAAUGAAGUAGAGCAUGCAAAUGAGCAAGAUGAGAGAAACAGGAAAUGUCCUUGGUUGCUAAAUGCCGCUGUGAGGAAAUCAACAAAUGGGCAAUUUGUAAUAUCUAGAUAUUGCGGGCUUCAUACAUGUUGCAAUCCGUCGGUGGACGUCGAUCAUUAUUCUGCAUCUUCCUCUUAUAUAUGUAAGCUAAUUAUGCCUGAAGUUAGAGCUGAACUUGAUCUAAAUGCAAGUCAGAUAUUUCAAAGGUAUCUCGAAGCUAUUAAGCGAAAUAAUCCGGGUACUGAAUAUGAAAUAUUGUCUGAAGAGAUUGCACCGGGGAUGGAGAGGUUCACUCGAGUAUUUUGGGCAUUUGGUCCGGCUAUUAAGGGCUUCACUUUUUGUCGUCCGUUAUUGAGCAUUGACGGUACACAUCUAUAUGGCAAGUACAAAGGCGUGCUUCUUGUGGCGACCGGUGUAGAUGCAAAUGGCGGUUUAUUUCCUCUAGCAUUUGCAGUUGUGGAGGUAGAGGAUACUUCUAGUUGGAAGUGGUUCUUUGAACUUAUAUACAAGUGGAUUCCUAGUGUCCGUGCGCCCAGAUUAAUUACUUUUAUCUCAGAUAGGAUGAAAGGAAUUAUAAGGGCAUUACAUGAGGGUUUUGGUGCACCACAUCACCAUCGAUAUUGUUUGAGGCAUAUAAGAGAUAAUUUUAAGAAAAAACACGGUGAGAUUAAUUUGCAAAAUCUUUUGUGGCAAGCUGGGUGUGCAACCGAUACAUUAGUGUAUGAACAUUGUAGAGAGAAGAUCAAGUCUUUGUCAUUAGAUGCACAUAAUUGGAUUGAACAUAACUUGAAGCCUCAAUUCAAGCAUCGAUGGGCAUUAUGUAAGGAUGAGGGUGUGCGGUUUUGCAUGAUGACAACUAAUUGCUCCGGGAGCUUUAACGGCGUUCUUAAAGGAGCACGAGCUAUGCCAAUACAAUCAUUGGUUGCAAGAACGUUCUAUAGGCUAAACUCAUACUUCAACAAAAGGUACAGGAUUAUGACGGUAUCUACACCGUUAAACUGUUUGAUGUUGAUUGCACUUGCACAUGUAACAUACCACAACUUCAAAAAAUACCUUGUGCACAUGUUCUUGCGGCUUCCUCCAAUCAGCCGGGUGGUGCGAGAAUUCCAUAUAAUCGGUAUUGUUCACCAUGGUAUUCAACAAUUCAUUACCGAAAGACAUACAGUGAGAGUUUUCAUCCACCCGACAGGAUUAUGA